CCUGCCAUGCCUCGUCGAGCGGGCGCUGAGCACCGCGGGGCGGAACCCGGCGGCGUAGGCUGGCACGGGGGGCCGGGCCGGGCCGCGGGCGGAGCCGAGCCGUGCCUAGCCGGCGGGCCGAGCGCAACCGGGAGCUGCUGCCAUGGAGGCGCUGGCGGAGGCUCCCGUGGCCGUCGCCGUGGCCGUGGUGGCUGCGUCGGCCCUGCUGCUGCUGCUGCUGAGGGGGGUGGGCCGGGGGGCGAGCCGCCCCGUCACCCUGCGGGACCCGCACGCCAAGUACGCGCUGCCGCUGGUGGGCAAGGAGGAAGUCAGUCAUGAUACUAAGAAAUUCCGGUUUGGGCUACCUUCACCAGAUCAUAUAUUAGGACUGCCUGUAGGCCAACAUGUUUACCUUUCUGCAAAAAUCAAUGGUAAUCUGGUGAUCCGAGCCUAUACCCCAGUUUCCAGUGAUGAGACAAAAGGUUAUGUUGAUUUAAUUAUAAAGGUCUACUACAAAAAUGUGAAUCCCAAGUUCCCAGAAGGUGGGAAGAUGUCCCAGUACCUAGAUGACAUGAAGAUUGGAGAUGUUAUUGACUUCAGAGGGCCAAAUGGACUCCUUGUCUAUAAAGGGUCAGGUACCUUUCUUAUCAAGCCUGAUAAGAAGUCUGAAGCACAGAAGAAGUUUGCGAAGCACCUUGGGAUGAUAGCUGGAGGAACAGGGAUAACUCCUAUGUUGCAGCUGAUACGUCAUAUCACAAAUGAUCCUAAGGACUCUACAAAAUGUUACCUUCUCUUUGCUAAUCAGACAGAAAAGGAUAUAUUGCUAAGAGCUGAGCUGGAAGACAUUGCCAAGAGGCACCCUGAUCAGUUCACAGUAUGGUAUACCCUGGACAGGCCUCCACAAGACUGGAAGUACAGUUCUGGCUUCAUCACCGCAGACAUGAUUAAAACCCACCUCCCUUCCCCUGGCAGUGAGACGCUCAUUCUCAUGUGCGGGCCACCACCCAUGAUUCAGUUUGCGUGUCAGCCCAACCUGGACAAACUCGGCUAUCCCAAGAGCAACACGUUUUCUUAUUAACAAUGAUGUCAUCCAAUACCUUUUCUUGAAUUUUCUUGAUCCCUUUUGGACUCUUUCUAUUUUCUGGAGACAGUGGAGACUGUGGACCUGAAUCCGUUCCAGAAGAAAGAGGUGAAAGGUCAUCUGAGACUACUGUACCAUCCACGUUCUCUGUUUCUCCUGGGUUAAGAACAGUAAUAGUCACAUUUUUUACUAAUUGUUGACAAAGUGGUUAUCUGGGAGACUAAUACUUAAAAAAAAAAAAAAGAUAAUAAAUCAGUAAAGAUAAAAUAAAGUGUUCCUGUAUAAAAAAAUCUUGCUCAGAAGGUGAAAAAAAUAUUAGCUGUACAUUUCAUACAAAAAAAAAAAGAGUAAAACAGUAUUGUUGUUUCAAUUUAUUUAAAAACAUUAUUUUAAUUAAUUCAGGGUCUUCACUUGGGUCUGCUCUUGCCUUUCUAUUGUUAACACCAAAACUCUUCCAUCAAAACCAGUGGGAAUUUUACUGUUUUCACUGAAGUAAGAUCUUAAAUAAAUCUUAAAAAAAAAUAAAAAAUAAAUCCCAUUUGAAUGCCAUAGAGCGAAAGCUCUUAUUUCAUACCAACACUGCACUUAAGAAAUUCAAUCUGGAUUGCCCCCUUGGUAUUAGUAUUUUAUAGAGGAGAGAAAGGGAGGGAAAAAGGAAAGGAAAAAAUAAAUAGCAAAAUUCAUGUUAAAGUUGCAUUUUGUUUGGAUACAAUACCUAGCACUGGUGCACUGACACUCCUGAUGCGAUCUUCAGUCAUCCCAAGAGGCAGAAAGCCAGAUGAAGAAGCAAAGAAGAUAUAAAACACCAGCAAAAUAAAGUUAUGGAAGAGCAAAGAAGUAAGCUAAGCAUUAAAAGCAGAAACAAAAAGAAAAGAAGCAGUUAUGCUUGACAUGAAAGCGAAUGCGCAUUGGUGUGCACAAGCCCCAGGAAUCCUGUACAGGUCAUCUUAAAUAGACUGGAACGAUCAUUUCUCUCUCUCUCUCUUUCAAGAUAUAUUAAACAUAUGCUACAGAGCUCCAUAAAGCCUGCAGCACUUCAGAAAUGAAGCAGUCUCUAAAAUUACAUCCUCUAUUACAUGGAGGUGUACUGAGUUCACUGCACUUGCAAGAUACAAACUAACCUCCAGUAAUUCAGUGUUCUUACUGAUUCACUGCUUGUGUCUAGAAAAAGAACAUUUUCCUUUAAAAGAUCACACCUCUUUGGAUAAUCGUGCAGUUAAAACAUAAUAGCAUGGCUUGUGGACUGCCUACACCUGUACAGACUAUUAAUUAAUGAAACUCCAAUGUUGCUAUUAUAGCAAAACUCUUUAAAAAAAUAAAUAAACAAACAACCCUUAAACAACC